UUUCCCGUCCAGCAAAACUAACCGCCCUGUGCUCGGCAGGAUAUCGUUUUGGGCAGGACCGCAGCUGGCGCUGGACGCUCUGGACAUCCUGGACAAAUGCCCCGAUUCAGGUGCCGCAACGCUGAGAGCAAUCCCCCAAACCAAGAGUGCAAAGGCGUUGAUGUGAUUUUGUGUCUUUCUGAUGAGCAUUUUGUUUCUGCGUCUUGGGCCGGCAGUGACCAAGGUGUUGUCACCCGAGGGCCGCUUCUUCUUCAAGGUUGGUGGUUGCAGUCGUCCCUAGUCAAGAGUGGUGUCCAACGCUUUGGCAUGUUGAAGCUGGGUCGUCUAUAUAGAGCCCCACACUUAUCGGUGCUGCUGCAUGCUGGCUGCCACAGGUCACCGAGUCGUCCGGUGGAGCGGCAGCGGAUUCGACACACUUGGUGCUGCUGGGCUCGCUCUACUGCAGCUGUCGCUCGGAUCCAAAGACGCCGGCCGAUCAAACCAGCCUCCCGAUAUGCUCCCAUGCCCUGGCGUGCAUGCUGGCUGUCCGCCUCGAGGCCUUUGCGACCGAUACGUGCUCGCUGGAGGACUAUGCGGUCCAGGUGUUCCUGCGGGUGUAGAUGCUGGCUGCUUGCGGGAGUGGUCGUCAGCCUGCAGCUACUGUCGAUGAGAGCUGCCCUGAUCGAGGCAAGGUCCCUCUGUUUCCGUCGCUGCUGAUUGAGACCUGGGACGCACUCUCGCUCCCGAAUGAAACUGGUUCUUGAGCGAAACUGGUCCUGGCCCUUGAGCGAAGCCAGACCCUGGCCUGUGCAAUC